AAGGCUCAUUUUCGGUAGUUAAAUUUCUCGAUGACAGGAGAAGAGCUUGGACUUUGCUGCGGUUUCGAGUGUCAAGAGAGCAAGAGCAGGAACGCUGAGAAACGCCAAGCACCUCGGAAGUGCCGGCACAGCUCAUGCCAUGCCUGCCGCUCGAGCACACCUGCAUCGCCGGGAACAAACGAUAUUCGCCGCAGAUUCGCGCAGGAGCGUGCUUUUGUGAGGAAUUGUCGGAUGGAGCUUUCACAAUGCAACAGUGCCUUGCCUUCAAGAUACAGUCAGAACGUUGCGGACCGUGGACCGCAGGUGGGAAGUACAGACUGUGCCUACCCACCUGGCGACAUACCGGCAACAGAUCAAUUGUACCUUCAUUCGGCGCUCAGUUGUGCGUCGAAAACUUUCUACGGACCCAACUCCUGCUGUUGAUGCGUUCAAAUUCCGACCUCGGGAUGGUCCGCGAUCCAUGCCGGACCAGACUCCGCAAAGAGGCCCCAAGCCUGAUUGAGGCUAAUGGGCUGGCGAGCCUCUUGAUGGCGUUCUGCUUCUAUGGUUUCCCCGCACGCGGAAACAUCACAAGCCUGUUAAUCGGGCACCUAGCCUUGAAUGUUGCGGUAACAGUGGUCAGCGAUUGUCACUGUGCAGCAAGAUCACUAGAGCGUGGUACCUGGACCAAGCCACGAGGUCAUAUAAGGUCACGUAGGAUGAUUGUUUGUUUAUGUUGUUUCGUUCAAUCUUGAUUGACAGCUCAAUUUCUCUGACUAUCACAAUGCGCUUCACCGCACCACUCCUCGCCCUGGCCAACGUAGCCUACGCUCAGAUCAACGGCACGAACGGCAUUGGCUCAAAACCUUCCGAGCGUUACGUUGUAUCAGCAGACCAGGCAUAUCAGAUCGUCCAGGCAGCCGUCAAGAAUGCCACCGCAAUCGGGGUGCCCCAGAAUGUUGCCGUCGUCGAUCCUUCCGGCCUUCUUGUGGCAUUUCUUCGUAUGGAUAAUGCCUACAUUGGCUCGG